AUGCCCAUCGAUAUUUACUACCUUCCCGGAAGUCCACCGUGCAGGGCCGUACUUCUUACCGCCAAAGCAUUGGGACUCGAAAUGAAUCUUAAAAGACUUGAACUCAUGAAAGGUGAACAUUUGAAACCCGAAUUUUUAAAAAUAAAUCCUCAACACACGAUCCCAACGAUAAUCGACAACGGUUUUUGCAUGUGGGAAAGUCGUGCCAUAAUGGCUUACCUCGUCGAUCAAUACGGAAAAGACGACAAACUUUAUCCGAAAGAUAUUAAACAAAGAGCACUCGUCGAUCAGAGAUUGUUUUACGAUGCCACUAACCUUUACCCGAGAUUAGGAGAUUAUUACUACCCCUACAUGUUCGGAAGAGGUCCCAUGGAACCUGCGAAAAAGGAAAAACUCGAUCAAUCUUUCGAAGUUUUAAACAAUUUUCUCGACGGACAAAAAUGGGCUGCGGGUCCGAACAUGACCAUCGCGGAUUUGACUUUAGCCGCGAGCAUAUCCACGUGCGAUGCUUUAGGAUACCCGAUUGAAAAAUAUCCCAACGUUCAAUCUUGGUAUACGAGAAUUCAAAAGGAAGCACCCGGUUACGAAGUUAACGCGUCCGGUACCGAAGCAUUCAAACAAUUGUACAUCACUUUGACAUCUAAAAAAUAA